GUCUCUCGCAAUCUCACACGUCACGGCUUUGUGUGCGAGUAAAAGGCACUUUCCCCACAAGAGCUCCAGGAACUGCGAGAGCCGUGGUCUCCGCGAACAGACACUCCGGCAGUGUUACAGCUCGGCGUUCAGUCUGGUCUGCGAGCAGUGCGCCAAGUCUGAGCCCUGGUCCGACGCGCGUCCUGACCGCCGGCUGGGCAGCCUGUGACAGACACAGCGGUCUACGAUCUAGUUUCUGGAUGAUGGAUGUGUUUGAUAGUCAUGUUAAAAAGGAAUUCGUCAGCAUUUGGGUGCGAGACCCCAGAAUCCAGAAGGAAGACUUCUGGCACUCCUAUAUGGACUAUGAGAUCGGCUUACAUACGAACAGCAUGUGUUUCCAAAGGAAGACCUCCUGUGUGAGAAGGCGGCACAGAGAGUUUGUGUGGCUCAGGCAGCGACUUCAAGACAAUGCGUCACUAAUAAAGUUACCUGAACUCCCACCCAGAAACCUGUUCUUCAGCAUGACUAACAAGCAGCAUGUCGCAGAAAGGAUGAAAGGCCUGCAGCAGUUCCUGGAAGAAGUCUUGCAGAAUGCAGUGCUGUUGUCAGACAGCAGGCUACACCUCUUCCUUCAGUCCCAGCUGAGCACUGAGAAGAUUGAGGCUUGUGCCUCUGGGCAAAGCACAUACACUGUGGCAGAAGCUAUUCAGAAGUACAGCUGCUUAAACAGGAGAUUCCCCUUGGAAGAGGAGGAGUACAAGGACAAAUGCAAACCCUACUCUGAUUCUGACUGCGAGAGCUCCUCCUCGGGCCUGGGACACUGCAGCGACGACAGCGCGCCCCGAGAGUGCAGGAAGCCCGGGCAGGCGGAGCUGUUCAGCUCCCUCUCGGAGUCCCCGUCCGAAGCGCAGAAGGUGCUGCCGUAGCGCCCGGCCCAGUCCGUCUCACUCACUGCUCCUGAUGCUGCGGGACAGGCAGGACAAGUGGUGAUGCGGCGCUUCUUCUUCAAGAAUAACAAGGACGCUAGUGGAUGAAAAAGAUAGGUUCCGGAGACCUCUGCCCCAGCUCGUGUGUAUACGCAUUCACGCGUGUAGCUGGUGCGGAUCGGGUACCCGCGAGAGUUCGGCUCGGCCGCUCUGUGGAGGGAUUCUGUCUUGUUCAGAACAGUGCAGUCGGAGACCGCCGGCGAUUUUUUUUAUAUAUGUAUAGAUCGUUUUUCAUUACAGUGCAUUAAUUUAUCGAAGCUUUUUUUCUUUCCUUUCCGGAAAAUAACGUGGCCUUAAUGGAGAGAUGCGUGGCGUGUUGCACAGCGAGGCUUGUGCAAUUUCAUCGACUUUCCUGUGCCAGAAUGUAACGUUACACACUGAUGGUGCGAGGGGAGAAAUUUCAAACUGAAACAUUUAAAACGACAGGCUUUAACAUGUUCUCACCCCCACACACACACACAAAAAUAAAACGUUAGUCAUUUUUCCUACAAAAGAAAGAAGAUUCUACCAGUAAAGGAGCCAGACUUCAACUUGUGUGCGUGUGGAAGCUUGGGGCGUUUUUAUUUAAUGUUAUUAGUAGCUCCAGAGAAAAGCCUUUCGGAAUUAUUUGACCCUAUAAUAGUGACACGUCUUCAGUUUGUUAAAAGUGCUCAUGCGUGUCUGUGUGUAAGGUUACAGACUCGUCUGCGAGAUCCGCUGCGCUUCGGCCUGGGCGCGGCGGGCCGCUGGACUCGGAGAGGAAGGGCACGAUCGCCCACUGCCACGGCGAUUCUGUUCCCUCGACACACCGUUCAAAACUUCGAAGAGGCGUUAUGGCCCGGGUGCUGCUAGUUAUACACGAAUGUGAUGUGUCCCCGAAGUGUUAGUCCGCUUACAGAGAGGCGUUAUCAUCGCACGUCCAGGUACUGUUCGGCGUUGACCGCGCUUUUUUUCUCCACACCUAAGACGCCGGCGAUUGACCAGACUAUUGCGGAGUAAACGACGCAGAGAGGCGGUCGCUAGUGAAGGAAAUGUAGUUUUUCGACACGGUGGUGUCAAGUCUGCCCGCUUGUCGGCGUGUGUACUGUAUAAUACACGGUACUCUGAGCUAGAGCUAAUAGUUACUACUGUAUUCCAGGAUUAGUCAUGACGGCGUUAAGAAAAGUGCAAUAUCUACACAGGACUAAAUCCGUUUUUAUCACAACUGCGAGCGCGCUCAAUGACGUAAUUUAUUCGCUCCUGUUUUUAUUUUUAAAACACUGAAAUGUGAAGCAAAAGUAAAUCAGUCUGCUAAUGUAUUGUAAGUAGCUGAAUACUGAAACGACGUUUAAGUUUUUUUUUUUGAAGAGUUGUUUGAAGUUUGUUUUAUGAUGCCUGAAUAGCUGUCUUCUCCCGCACCAGACCAGCGAGUGAGCUCUUUCGAUCUUUUAUAAAUUGAUUCACUUGCGUUGAUAAUCACGUUUGACUAUUUUCAAUAAAGUUUUAGAAAAUA